CAGUUUUGCUUGUGUUUUCAAAUGUCUAACCUCUUUCAAAUAAAUUUAUUUUUAAGUUUUUAUUUCUGCAAUUCGAGCUUUUAUCAUUAUUUUUCUAUCGAAAUGUCAUCUAAUUCGAGAAAUUCCACGCAGCGAGAGUUAGUUUGCCUCUCAAGCUCGGAUAGUGAGAAUGAAGAAGAAGAAGAAGAAGAAGAAAUUCAACCGGGGCCGGCAGAUUCAUCGGAAAGUGAAAACCCUUCGAGUAGCUCCGACAGUUCAAGUUCAGAUAGCGACAGCGAUAGUGACGCAGCUCCCAAAAAAAAUAUCAUAGCUCCACGUCGUCGCGGAGUAUUACUCCAACACCACCUGAAUGUCUUACCAGAAACUCGUCGUUUAAUUAUCUGUUCUGGACAAAAAAUCGACGAAAAUUUCUUCUCAUUCACACAAAAAGAAGACCAGCAAAUCAAAGAAAAUUGGGAAAGGCUCGCCAAGCAGCUGAAUUACAAGGGACACAUUUUCGAAUUUCUAGGAUAUGAUAAAGAUGGAUUGAAAUGUACGAAUAAUACUAAAUUAUCAGUGAAAGUUAGAAAUGUUCUGACGUGGCCUACACUAUGCUUCGGAUUGAAUAAUCGUUACGCAAAAUUGAUUAAGGAGCGAAUUUCCUUCAUUUGCCAUCCAUAUUAUCGAGAAAUCAAGGAUCAAGAUUUGGAAGAAAUUGAUAUACGCUAUGACAAUAACGAAACAAUGCUGGAAAUCUCAGAAGCUCUUAAAAUUCCGCCACGAUAUCUUGAGAGAAUAAAGUCCAAGGAGAGAAAAACCGUAGCGGUUGCUGGAUCCAUCGAGGGAGCACAUAAACUUCAAAUUUUGAAAUUUCUCUAUGAAUCCAUCGUGGAGAAUCCGAAAAGAAACACGUUUUGUACAAAUAAUUUCAAUUGGAAAAUAUUUAGAAAGAAAUGCCGAGAAAACUCAAUCACUCCUCCGAAUUUCUUGACAACUGCGCGAUACUACGGAAAUCUGUUUUUUCAAGCCGAUAGAAGAAUUUUCAAUUUUUUGGAGCCUCAGCCAACGCUUCACAAGAAAGUUCUGUAUUUUCAUGAAGCUCUCGCAAGAUACUUGGCGAAAAAUGGCAAAGGAAGGAAAAUGGAGGCUCCACAACUCAAGUACUCCAUCUUGUUCACAGUAGUUUUCGAGGAUUAUAACAAAGACGGUACAUGGGAUCCGCCGACAGAAAUGGAGAAAUAUUCAAGCCAAGUUGAUCUCAAAAAAGUUCGAAAACGCGUGGAAUGCGUAAAUGAGCGCACAAAACGGGCAAGAGAAGUACGAAGAAUUUCCGUUUUGACACCGAAGAGGUUUAAAUUGAGAGAAGUGAAUGAGUCAAUGAAUUCGAAUGAUGUGCUUGAGAUCUCCUCAAUUCACAAUGAAUCGUCAAGCAACGCGCUGGGACUCUUGGACAGGACAAAUGACGUCAUGACUGAUCUCGAUCUUUCCAUCACCAACACAUCAUCUCAAAUUCUCGGAAACGAGACUAUUCUAGCACGAGGAGGAGGCGCUCUGGAUCCAACUGACGAAGCAUCACUCAACGAGACCAGCACGUCACAAAUCCCUCAGACGGAGAAAAAUCCAAUAGAGCUGGACUUGUCACAGGAUAUCUGGUCGCAAAUCGUGAACUGGGCCUAAUAAUUAUUUUUUAUCAUGGUUUUAUCUUUAUGCACACAAUUUUGUCAAUUUCGGAAUUUGUAAAAAUUUAUUUUCUACAAUUAAUACAAUGUUAUAAUGGAAAGUGAACUUUUGAAAAUUUAU